AAACAAGAAAAACAAUAACCCAUAUAAUCUGCAACCAUACUCUGCACCAAACCUAUUACAACUCCAAAAUCAAACCCGAAAUUAUAACUCAACUCCAGACUUAAGACAACCAAUACCAAUAUAUAACCAAGACCCACAUUUUACUAGAUUCAUUAACGGAAUAUUCAACCUAACACCACCUAUCUUGGAUAAACCAAUGAACCAAGAAUUUCAAGGACUAGUACUAAAAUUAUUACAAAAUGAUUACACUACAAAAUACUCAAUAAUUAAACCAAAACAAGAAGAAAAACCAAAAAUACUUGAAAUAGAUAACAAAAUAACAACACAA